UAGGACCGGAAGGAAAUAGGAAAGAAAGAAAAAAAAACGUGACAAUUAUUAGAAGAGAAAUAUAAGAGAAAGCAUUUCUAUGGCAGCUGUUGAAAGCAACAGGAACAUUAUCACAUUAUUGGUUUGUUUCUUUGAAUUUCAAUCGUCGUCUUCCUCUCUCUUUUUGUAAGAUAUAUACUUUAGAGGAAAUCAGCAUUUCAUGAACGUUAACAUGCCAAGAGGUAAAAUGAAGUUUGAUGAAGAUCUUGUUCCUGACCGUGAGGAUGAUUUUCAAACAGAUGAUGAAGAAAAUCAAGCAGAAAGGGUUUUUGAUAAUUUGGAUGAUGAUACCGAAUCAGAGGUUAAUAAUUCACCUCCUUCCAGAAAUUUAUCCAAUGAGGUUGACUUCAAUACCUCAUGGCCUCAAUCCUAUAGGCGAUCUAUGGACAUGUUAACAAGUGUAAGUCAAACACCACCUGGAAUUAAUUUCUUCAGGAUAAUUGGUUUAACAGAGAAGAGUAGUUUCUCUAUGGAAUCCACCCAAGAUGAAUAUUCCAAUUCCUUGACUUUACCUCUUGUUUCUGACGAGAAAAUUUCAAUCGGAAAAGAGGAACCUACAUUGAAACCUCAGCUUCGAUCACAUGCCAGCUGUCCAAAAGUUUCUGCCACUGAAUUUUCGUCACCAGAGAGGCAAAGUUCCUUUUCACAAUCAGUAAUUAAUGGGAUCAAUAUAUUAUGUGGGAUAGGGCUUAUGACCAUUCCAUAUGCAGUUAAAGAAGGAGGGUGGUUGAGCCUUCUAAUACUGCUGCUGUUUGCGGUCGCUUGUUUCUAUACUGGAAUUUUAAUGAUGAGAUGUUUACAAAGCUGUCCUGACCUCAAGACCUAUCCAGAUAUUGGUCAGGCUGCAUUUGGAGUUGCAGGUCGCUUGGGGAUCGCGAUCAUUUUAUACCUGGAACUAUUUGGUUCUUGUGUUGAGUAUAUCACACUUGUCAGUGAUAACCUCGCAUCACUUUUCCCCAACACCGCCAUGAACUUAGCUGGUACAGAGCUUAGUACACAUCAAGUUUUUGGCAUCACUGCAGCUCUUCUAGUUUUACCGACAGUUUGGUUGCGAGAUUUAAGCCUUCUCUCAUAUAUUUCAGCUGGAGGAAUAUUUGCAACAACACUUGUAGCACUUUGCUUGUUUUGGGCUGGUGCAGUAAACCGAAUUGGAUUUAGCAAUCCUAGAACGAAAUUUUUAGACAUUGAAAACAUAUCUGUAUCAAUUGGUCUCUUUGGGUAUGGAUUUGCUGGCCAUGCUGUUUUUCCAAAUGUCUACUCUUCCAUGAAGGAUCAGUCCAAGUUCCCAUUAGUUCUAUAUAUCAGUGUUGUUUUCUCUCUUGUUAUGUACUUUAGUGUAGGAGUAGUUGGAUAUUUACUGUUUGGUGACAAAGUUGAAUCUCAGUUUACCUUAAACAUGCCAAAAGAGUUAUAUGCAUCAAAGAUAGCAAUCUGGACAACAGUUGUGACUCCUCUAGCAAAAUAUGCCUUAACAUUGUUGCCGAUUGUAUCAAGCAUAGAGGAACUUGUUCCUUUUCCUAGACUAAGAUGUUAUGCCAUGUCUAUUGUUAUCAGAACAACUUUAGUUCUUGCAAGCUUAGCUGUGGCUCUCUCUUUUCCAUAUUUUGGUUCUGUGAUGGCACUAAUUGGUUCUUUGAUGUCAAUGAUAGUUGCCCUUAUUUAUCCUUGUGCAUGUUAUCUCAAGCUACACAGUGGCAGAGUAUCAAAUAUGCAGAUAACAACUUGCAUUUCGAUUAUUAUUGCGGGGGUGAUAAGCGCAAUCUUAGGAACAUACUCAGCUACUACAAGAAUAGCUGGCAAGGGAGAUUAAUAGAUAAAGUUUUAUUUUAAGUGUAAAACUCACUUCUUUUCUUGGCUUGUGUUGGAUAUUUAAGACUUUUUCCGGAUACACAAGUCUAAAAAUUGUUGUAUCUGUAGUUGUUUUUGUUGAAGGUACUUUGAACAAACCAUAGUUCUAGCUCAUCAACACUCACACCUCUAAAAAAAGGGUGGGUUCGUGUCAAUGUCGGAUAUCAACACGAUUCUGACACUUAUGGUUAUGUUUAAUUUAUGUAUUUUUUCAAAUCAUCAUUGAUAUCAAUGUGUCAGAAUCGAAGUCGUGUCUGAUGUCCGUCGUGAUAUCUAUUCAUAGAAAAAGUAUUACAUGUUAGUGAAUUUUUAGAAUAAGAAUGUGUGUUUUGUAAUAUUAUAAAUUUUGAUGAAAAUGAAUUUCAGUAGCAGAA